UACCCAGUGGCUAACACAAGGGGGCGCUCAAUAAACAGAUCGAGUGAGUCUGGCGCUGCUUCAGACGGGCGGCUGUUAGGAGGGAACCCGCCUCAGAGACACCGAAGUUAGCGUCCAGCUGUCCACGCGCCAAGGAAGAGCAUCCUUUCAAGGGGAAGCAACUUCGGGGAGCCCGAUGGCAGAUGACCAAGUCUGCGUUGUGGAGCAGGGAGCUGGGUAUUCAGCCAGUGAAGAUACAGUAGAUGCUAAGCCAGACCGGUCUUCCUUUGUCCCACCAUUCCUGAGGAAAAAGAAAAAUGGCUCAGGGAGCUCAGUCAAGACCACCCGUGACCAAGAGCCUGCAUAUCAGUAUAACAUGAAUUUUGAGAAGGUGGGAAAAUGCAUCAUAAUAAACAACAAGAACUUCAACAAAGAAACAGGUAUGGACGUCCGAAACGGAACGGACAAAGAUGCCGAGGCCCUUUUCAAGUGUUUCCGAAACCUGGGUUUUGAUGUGGUUGUCCAUAAUGACUGCUCGUGUGCCAAGAUGCAAGAUCUGCUGAGACAAGCUUCUGAAGAGGACCACAGAAAGUCAGCUUGCUUCGCCUGUGUCUUACUAAGCCAUGGAGAGGAAAAUUUAAUUUAUGGAACGGAUGGUGUGACAGCAAUAAAGAACUUGACAGCCCAUUUUCGGGGGGAUAGAUGCAAAACCCUUUUAGAGAAACCCAAACUCUUCUUCAUUCAGGCUUGCCGGGGCACAGAGCUCGAUGAUGGGAUCCAGGCUGACUCGGGGCCUAUCAAUGAAACGGACGCCAAUCCUCGAUACAAGGUCCCAGUUGAAGCUGACUUCCUCUUCGCCUAUUCCACAGUUCCAGGCUAUUACUCAUGGAGGAGCCCCGGAAGCGGCUCCUGGUUUGUGCAGGCCCUCUGCUCCAUCCUGAAUGAGCAUGGAAAAAGCCUGGAGAUCUUGCAGAUCCUCACCAGAGUGAACAACAGGGUGGCCAGGCACUUUCAGUCUCAUUCUGAUGACCCUCUCUUCCAUGAGAAGAAGCAAAUACCAUGUGUUGUCUCCAUGCUCACCAAGGAACUGUACUUCCGAAAAUAACCAUUCCAGGGGGGUGCAUUCUAGCCCAGAAGGUAGAAGUUGUUUGUUGAUGAAUCAGAUUUUUGAUGCUCUUGAAAUAUCUGGAAACCCUGAAGGAUUUUAAUUUCAGAAAAAUGUAUUGAUUCAACAAGAAAGAAACUUUCUGGUGCUGUCUUAUGUUCCUAUGUUUUCAGAAACUUUUUUCAGUGUUCUCCAUGUGAUGACUGUAUUUCCUCUUGAAACAAAUUUUCUGUUUAUACUUUUCUUGUUGUUGCACUUAGUCAUACAACACAAGUGACCUCUGAAGAUGACUCUCAGCUGUGUCCACAGUGAUUGCUGAUAACAGUGGCAGACAGAGUCCUAUUUGCCCCUAGCAAGGAAAGUCCCAGUACUUGACAAAACACAGGCUGUAUUCACUCGUAUUGCAGAAAGUGGGUAUUGAUUGUGGUUUGAGUGAUUUUUCAUUGGCUUAGGACAGAUUCUUAUGGAAAACUUCCCAUGUAAGUUGGAGAGGGAACAAAGCUAAUGGUUCUAAUAUGUAUCAGUCAGGACCCAAUAAUAGGAAAAAAAAUCAGAAACCAUUUCAGGUGUUUGAACAGAAGGCAUUUAACAGAGGAAAUGGACAUACAAAAGUGAUAAAAGAGAAGCCAAAUGAAAGGAAUCUGUUACCACAAAGGGCUAUGAAAAGCUGUGGUUCCCUUAGUCCAGAAGCUGGGGUCAUCCCUCAGGAGCUGGGACCACAGAGGGAGGUGCCUGGCAAGAGCUAGGACCACCACGGGGUUGUGGAAAAUGAAGCCAUGGCAGGCACAAAGCCACCACCCAUGAUAUGAUGACACCGGCUGAGCCAGAGAUGGAGAAAUAUCCUGGCUUCACACCUCCUUCUGCCCUUGAGUCUUCCUCCAGCGCCUUGUCCUUCCAGCGCUGCCUGGAGGUCAGCUGACAAGAGCCCUCAGAAAUAUGACUUUCCGUAGCACGGAGCAGAGGGAGGGCUAGUGAAGCAGGGGAGGAACAAGAAAUGGAGAGAGGCCUGGCCCACGAUGUGAAUAUAAGUAAUCAUAUUCCCUAAUGUUCAGCCAUUCCUCCAUGGAAUCAUUUUUUCAUUGAGUUGUCAGAUAAUCUAUAUUGACCACGAUGUACAAAAUAAUCUGUUUUAGCUUUAAAAUAUGCCUAGACCUUUUUAUUCUAAUCCUUAUUCUGAGUAAAUCUUUUGUUACCUCAAAUUCUGUAAGUAGAGAAAAGUUUAUAGUAAAGAUUUCUGCACUUUGUUCCUUUCCAGGUUAUCUUUUGAAUUCUAUUCUGCAUAAUAACUGGUUAACAAACAAAUGUUUAUAUUUGUUGAUUAAAAUGUGGUUGUUUAAUUCUUAA